AUGAUCGAAUCAGGAAAUUCGCGAAUAACACGAUGGUUUCCUAGUUCAGCAUAUGGUGUAUGGAUAGUUGGUUGUACUGGACAAUCUGAAUUUACAACAAAUCAGUUGAAAAGGUCACAUUCAUUGGCAUGCGAUAGAAAUCGUUCACUUUACCUGAGACAAAUUUUAAUCCAAAUAUUUACGCAAUUGUUAUUCCAAAACAAUGAUUAUUUACACACGUACGUUAAAGAUAUGAAGAUUUUACAAUUAAAAGAAGGUGGAACAUUAGAAAGUUUAAAAACGAAAUGGUCUGAAGGACAAACAUGUUCGAAUUCAUCCUCAACGAAUCAAUUUCGACUAGCAUUUCUUCACUUACUGAAUUAUUUGUUACUUUUGUAUAGUUAUUACUAUGAUUGA